UCGACUCGUCAGCCGUAUCCUGUGUUACCGAGUGAUAAACAUACCGGUGGAACGUUCCGAUUUAUUCUGUGACUGUUGUGUGAUGGAUCUGUGAACUGAAUGAUGGAGGAGGAGUCGAUGUCUGGACACAGCUGUUCCGAGGACGAUAUCAGUGUUGGGCGGCCGUCGCCGGCGCCGUCGCGGUCGCCGUCGCCCCACGACUACUUCAGGCCGCUGAAGCGGUUGAAGAUGGCCUCGGAGCCGGCGGAGGAGCGUCGGGGCGAAGGCGUGAAGAGUUUUUCUAUUCUGGACAUUUUAUCGCACAGCCCGCGCACUCCGCCUCGUAUCGUUCGGCCGUGGGACGCGUCGGGUUUUGAGAGACUGCAGCGGUUGCAGAGAUUAGCUGGUGCAGCGUUGUUGGACGGUGAGAGAUGGCGGCUGGCGGCUUUGGGGCUGUUGAGGCCGAGAGAUAUGGCGCCCACGGAGUGUUGCGACUCGGCCUCCGAACGCUCAUCGUCAGCUUCGGACUGCUGCUCGGAGCCCCGGCGAGCGCCGCAACAGGGCUCUAAUGCGCCCCACACCCCCCUGGAUGCUCUGUUCCACAUGACGAGCAAAACCUUCGAGGCGAAUAAUCCUGACAACGGAGAUGGUCAGUCAAAUCACCUCAACCUCUUCAACUCAAGGCCGCAGCCGAAGAAGAAGCGAAAAUCCAGAACGGCCUUCACAAACCACCAGAUCUUCGAGCUGGAGAAACGGUUUCUCUACCAAAAGUACCUGUCUCCAGCCGAUCGAGACGAGAUCGCGAGUUCUUUGGGGCUCUCCAACGCUCAAGUCAUCACAUGGUUCCAAAACAGGCGAGCAAAGUUGAAAAGGGACAUGGAAGAGUUGAAGAAAGACGUUGAGAGUGCUAAGGUCUUGUCAGCACAUAAGAGCUUCCUGGAAAACGUGACAGAUUUGGGGAUAUUAAAGAAGAAAGCUAUGAGCAUAGGAGCUAGUGAGGAGGCGGCGACAAAUCUUGUCGUGAACGCGUCUAAAUGAAACGAGGCCCGCGCGAUCGCGCCAGAAGUCUACAAACGAUUCGAUUACUAAAUCGAUUCAGUCGACUCAAAUGAACUCAUAGUGACGUUAGAUGUUUUACCUUCACUAAUCUAGUAUUGCGUACUUCACUAUUUAAACGACUGUAAAUAUACAUAGAUCAGAAGUAGUAAUUGUACAAAAUGAAGAAGCUUCGUUCGAAAUAAAUGUGAUAGUUGAUUUUAUUAUUUAAGUACUUAAUAUUUUAUAGAGAUAUUCCUAAAUUAUUUAUUGCGUCUGGACGAUAUUACUGAUGCACUUAAAAGUGGUAUUGAAAGUUAUUUAUUAUGUUUCCAAGAUACUGUUAUAAGGUGAUAAAGGGAUGAUAAAGUUCAAAAUUACAUUAAAUUAGUCUAAUAUUACCUACAGCUAAUGUAAACCUUACAGAAUGUGCAAUAAUAGAUUUUAGUGCAUCAGUAACACUGAGCAAGCGCGCUUGUACAUAAUACUUGUAUAAUUUUUAUUAGUAUUAAAAGCUCUUUUAAUUAUAGUUAUAUAAUGUUAAUGAGAUAUCAAAGCUAAUGACGUAGGAGGCGUCUAAUCUAAUUUAUAAUUAGUAAGCGUAAUUACUAAUUUUAAAUUAGUAUUUAUACUAAUUAUUACCAGCAUUAUAGAACAUGGAUGUUAGUGGUAAUGCAUAUUUUCAUGUCAGUUCUCUGUAAUCAAGAGAGGUUUGUACUUAACCAGUGCUUGUAUGAUGUAUAGUAUUUUUGCAUUUAUGUUUGUUUCGAUGAAUUAAUGAUAAUAAUUGUUUUAAUAAGCUGAUAAAUGUAAAUGAAUUCUCCUUGCUAAUAGAAGUUAUUGAGUGGUCCGAACAUUUCCAUACUUAAGUAACUUUUAUUAGUGGAGUAAUUUAUGCCUCUAUAUUCUUAUUCAUUGUUAAAAAGAAGAUUAACUUAAGAAGAAAGACCUCAUUUUGUAAUAACUAGUAUUUUUCAUCAUACUACAAUGAAAAGAGAAAUAAUAAUGUCCCAGUCCAAAAUACAUAAGUUUUUCUGAUAUUUUAUGUACACUUCCUAGGUACCUAAAUGGAAACCUGUAGAACUUAUUUUAUAUAACUUAAUAUUAUACAUCACAUCAAGGAUUAAUACUGAAAAACUAAUAAUCUUUAACCUAUUUAAAAUAAUGAAUUGUCCCUUAACUUAUAAAUAGCUACUUCUCUAU